AUGUGCAACUACACUCAGCGCGAAUUCCACUGCGGUCACGUCCGGUGGAUUGUGUCAAAGUGGUGUCCACUUUACACUAGAACCCAUCGACGAUGUCCACCUUGCGUUACGUUCUUCGAAUACGCCGGCGAUCAAAAGUGUGGCAAUUGCAAACGACCCACUGAGGUUGUAUGGGAGAGUAUGAUCAAUCGGUAA